GGCUUUUUCAGGAGCUGCUCGUUCGCAGCCGGAGACGCUGCUUUUUUUUUUUUUCCGGGUUCGGAGCCAUUCCGGAUGCUUUAGGCUGCCGGAUGUCUGAUCUCCGGAUAACUGAGGCGUUUCUGUACAUGGAUUAUCUGGUCACAUUUUUUUUAUUGGGGUGAAAUUAGAGCUUUUUUCCUUUUGGUGGCUGGGAAGUACCCCCAGCUGAGGACCACAUCCGAUUAGACUCCAUGCUUCAUUUGAAUUGUGAUUCUGGACACAAGUCAAGGAUGACCGCUUGUUUUCGAGCACUUUGCUGCAAGGGACCACCACCUGCGCGCCCUGAAUAUGAUUUGGUUUGCAUAGGCCUCACAGGCUCUGGCAAGACCAGUCUGUUGUCUAAGCUCUGCAGCGAAAGCCCGGAAAACGUCGUGUCAACCACAGGCUUUAGUAUAAAGGCGGUGCCAUUCCAGAAUGCCAUCUUGAAUGUAAAAGAACUUGGAGGUAUAACUUUUACAAUCCUUUCUACAUCUGCCCUUGACUUUACAAGAGCUGAUAAUAUCCGGAAAUACUGGAGCCGCUACUACCAGGGAUCUCAAGGAGUAAUAUUCGUAUUAGACAGUGCGUCUUCGGAGGAUGAUUUAGAAACCGCGAGAAAUGAACUGCACUCUGCUCUCCAGCACCCACAGCUAUGCACUUUGCCCUUUUUGAUACUGGCCAAUCAUCAAGACAAGCCAGCAGCCCGCUCAUUACAAGAGAUCAAAAAGUAUUUUGAGCUUGAGCCCCUUGCACGUGGGAAGCGCUGGAUCCUGCAGCCCUGCUCUCUAGACGACACGGAUGCACUGAAGGACAGCUUCUCCCAGCUCAUAAGCUUGUUAGAAGAGAAAGGCCACGAGGCGAUGAGAAUGUGAAAGCUGACACAAAGUUCCCCCGAAACCCUUGAACCCAUCAUGGUAGCCUCCCACUCUGAUUUCAUGUUGGUGUCAAGACUGUCCUGGCUUAAGUAUCUAUUUUCCUCUAGCUAUUUCAGACUCUC